UUACCCCACCUUGGUCACUGCCCACCCUGUAAAGAGGCGUGGAUGGGCAGGGACAAGACUACUCCUUUCUGUCUGUAUAGGGUCCAACCCAGGGACUCCGGCCGCGAUGGGAGGCCUAGAUCACCUGGGGUUUGGGACUGAGCCAGGAGUCAGAUCCGGCCGAGUGGAGAUGUCCCUUUAACAUUGGCCUGGAUCCCAUGCAUGGCUGUUCUGCUCCCAGUUCAGCUGCAGCUGAAGCUGCCUGCUGACUCAUGCACUAGGCGCCAGCAGGGACUGGGAACAUGGCUUCUGCAGCCGUGGCAGCACUCGUGGGCUGGGGGCUUCUGGAUUACAAGACAGAGAAGUACGUGCUGACAAGAAACUGCCGGGUGGGCGUCUCUCAGAGGCUGCUGCAGCUGGGAGUGGUGGUCUACGUGAUAGGGUGGGCCCUCUUGGCCAAAAAAGGCUACCAGGAAUUGGACUUGGACCCCCGGAUUUCUGUCAUCACUAAACUCAAAGGGGUUUCCGUGGCCCAGAUUAAGGAACUAGAGAACCGACUGUGGGAUGUGGCUGACUUCGUGAAGCCAUCACAGGGAGAGAAUGUGUUCUUCCUGGUGACCAAUUUCCUCGUGACACCAGCUCAAGUCCAGGGCAGAUGCCCAGAGCACCCUUCCGUUCCUCUGGCCAAUUGCUGGGAUGACACCGACUGCCCUGAAGGGGAGACAGGAACGCACAGUCAUGGCAUAAAAACAGGUCAGUGUGUGGUGUUCAACGGAACCCACAGGACCUGUGAGAUCUGGAGCUGGUGCCCGGUGGAGAGUGGUGCUGUGCCCAGGAAGCCCCUCCUAGUUCAGGCCAAGAACUUCACACUUUUCAUAAAAAAUACUAUCACCUUCAGCAAGUUCAACUUCUCCAAAACCAAUGCCUUAGAUACCUGGGACAGCACCUAUUUCAAGCAUUGUCGCUACGAUCCGCACUCGAGCCCGUACUGUCCAGUUUUCCGCAUUGGGGACCUUGUGGCCAUGGCUGGAGGGGACUUUGAGGACCUGGCAUUGCUGGGUGGAGCUGUGGCCAUCAGAAUCCACUGGGACUGCAACCUGGACACCAGGGGCUCUGACUGCCGUCCCCAGUACUCCUUCCAGCUGCAGGAGAAGGGCUACAACUUCAGGACAGCCAAUCACUGGUGGGAAGCCUCAGGUGUGGAGGCCCGGAGCCUGCUCAAGCUCUAUGGGAUCCGCUUUGAUAUUCUUGUCACUGGGAAGGCAGGGAAGUUUGCACUCAUUCCAAUGGCCAUCACAGUGGGCACUGGAGCAGCUUGGCUGGGCAUGGUCACCUUCCUCUGUGACCUGCUGCUACUGUACGUGGAUAGAGAAGCCCGUUUCUACUGGAGGACCAAGUAUGAAGAAGUGAGCUGUGGGCCUGCUUGUGUCCCAGAGCGGAAGCCACUUUUCCUCAAUACUGGGUUCUGCCACACUUUGGACCAUGUUAGCUUGAUCCCUAAUCUGUUGUCUUUGUAGGCAAAAGCUCCAAAGGCAACUAUCAACACCGCAUAGACUGAGCUGGGAUUCACAUCCGCUCUGCUGCUCAAGUGUCUCGAUAGGGUUUGCACCUGCCCCAUGUCUGUUGCUGCUGGGAUCCAGGCAUCCGUGUACCAGGGGCCUCGUCUGGGUGACUGUCAUCCAUGGGCCUAUCCAUUUCUGAGGCUUAUAGCCACUCCCUGCAGGUUAAAGUUUAGGGGUUGGGAAGGAUGAGGGUUCUGGCUUGAGAAAAUCAAGGACAAAUCUCCAGCAAGACUGCAGAGGAGCUUGCGGGGAGUCUACCAGACUCCCCAUGCAGACCCCCUCCUAGGUCUAGCCUGAGAGAGGGAGAAGGUAACGUGGCCGAAUGAUUGAUUGCCUGAUUCCUUGGGACUCUCUGUCUUCUGGGCAACUCUGCCAUCCAGUUCAAGCCCCCUUGACCUGACUAGGUUUCUCAGGGGCCUAGGAAGAUGAGAGGCUGCAGAUCUAGGCCUUCCUGCCAUCAAGAUGUUCCUGACAACCUUGAUGCACGCUGAAGCACCUGCCUGCCAGAGGUCCUACCUCUGGCCCUGGUCAGAGUGCCAGAGUUUCAAGGUAUGAUCUCCAUGAAGGCCUCCGUGUUUCCUCAGGAAUAGCUGGUUCUGGAUCUGUAUGCACACAGGGCUUCAAUUCCUCCCCAGCUAUAGACCUUCCCCAUGCCCCAGGGCCUAUAGAAAGGACGACAGGCACAAGGGCUGCAGCCCUUUCUUGGUCCAAGUGUGGGGCAUAAUUUAUGGAGUGUGCGCCCGUGGAAGGAAAGAGGCAGCUGUGUUGUGGAUGCACCGUGACCAAGGAAGUCCCGGAGCUGAGGCCAAAGCUGCACCAGCGUCCAGGAUCACCUGGCUUCCGGAUCCUCCAAAAGGAUGUCACUCAGCCCUCAGGGCUCUGGCCUCCAAAGUACAGAAUGGGAAGGCCUGGUUACUGCAGGUGGGUUGUGUGGACUCAGCAGUCCUAGGGGAUCCCAAGAACCCUGGUAUCACUGCUGAAGUAAAGCUUGCCAAAGCAAGCAGCUUCCCGUGUAGUCCUUAAAGA